GGAUAAUACCUACUUUGCAAGGCUGCUAUGAGGAUCAGUGGCUGUCAGGUAUUUUGGAGCUGCAUGUACAGAGCAUCUAGGCUACAUCUUAGACUUUGAAUUGGUGUAGCCCCAAACUGCUCUGAAGAGAUUGAGUAGCAAAUGAAAUAAUUUUAAUGUACAAAUUCUACCAUCUUCAGUGGACUGCCAGAGCCAGAGCUACUUAUUGCUCCCCUUCAGUUUACAAAUAAAAACACUUUCAGGACCUUGUUGGUAAGUAAGUCCCCAGUAAGGCUGCAGGGGUGGAUGGUAUGAGCCACUGCUUCCUAUCUUUGACCCCCAGACUACAUGGGUGCAGGCUGGUCAUGUGGAUUCUGAUCUGCAAGAUGGGGACAGAGUAGGUAUCUUAAUCACCAGCCAAGGGCUCUUUAAAAGUAUUCAGCGGAAACACGGACCACGGACCACAAGAGAUAUAUAGGCAGCCCUUGCUGCUGUGAGCAAGCUCAUAUCUGGAACAAAUCGACAGAGCAGCUCAGCUGGCGUUCAUCAGAACAGACACCAUGGCCGAGUACGAGUAUGUAGAUCCUGGAUUCUUCCGCACUUCCAACGACAGCGGCCAGGCACAUAAGGACUUCCUGCAGUUCAGCCAGCUGUUUCUGCCCUGCAUGUACGUGGUGGUGUUCAUCUGUGGCCUGGUGGGGAACUCCCUGGUGCUGGUCAUAUACGUCUGCUACCAGAAGCUGAAGAGCCUGACAGAUGUGUUCCUCAUGAACCUGCCCUUGGCUGAUCUGGUGUUUAUCUGCACUCUGCCCUUCUGGGCCUAUGCAGGCAUUCACGAGUGGAUCUUUGGCAGCUUCAUGUGCAAAACCCUGCUGGGCAUCUACACUUUGAACUUCUACACGUCCAUGCUCAUCCUCACCUGCAUCACUGUGGACCGCUUCAUUGCAGUGGUCCGCGCCACCAAGGCCUACAACCAGCAGGCCAAGUGGAUGACCUUGGGCAAGGCCAUCUGCCUGUCCAUCUGGGUGAUCUCCCUGCUGGUUGCCUUGCCACAGAUCAUCUAUGGCAAUGUCCAUUACCUCGACAAGCCCAUCUGUGGCUAUCACAAUGAGGAGAUUUCUACUGUGGUUCUUGCCACCCAGAUGACACUGGGAUUCUUCCUGCCACUGCUCACCAUGAUUGUCUGCUACUCAGUCAUAGUCAAGACCUUGCUUCAGGCCCGAGGCUUCCAGAAGCACAAGUCUCUGAAGAUCAUCUUUCUUGUAGUGGCUGUGUUCCUGGUGACCCAGACGCCUUUCAACCUUGUGAAGCUCAUCCGCAGCAUGAGCUGGGAGUACAACACCAUGACCAGCUUCCACUAUGCCAUCUUAGUGACAGAGGCCAUUGCCUACCUGCGGGCCUGCCUUAAUCCUGUGCUGUACGCCUUUGUUGGCUUGAAGUUUCGGAAGCAUUUCUGGAAACUUGUAAAAGACAUUGGCUGCCUCCCUUACCUGGGGGUCUCAAGCCAAUGGAAAUCUUCUGAGGACACUUCCAAGACUUGCUCUGCCUCUCACAACGUGGAGGCCACCAACAUGUUCCAGUUGUAGGUCUUGCUGAUGCUUGGAGGCACUCCGAGGAAUUUUUCUUUGUUUAUAGCUUGCAGAUUCUCAUAGAGAAGUAGUCAGAUGCUGCAGCUGUGCUUCCUCCUAGGCAGGAACACUUUCUGUUCUCUUCUUGAACACUCAGGCCUAGAGCUCAAAGGGAAGUGUGAACACUGGAUGGGCUUUCCUUCCUUCAUCCCCAAGAAUGCUGACUGAAGGGAAUGAUGAGUGACUCUCGAGACCUCAGGUUCUCCCUCACUGGGACUGAGAUUGGGACUGAGGGUUGAAGAAGCAUGGCUAACAAAGUUACUGAUGGAAGGUGACACUCUGGGCUCCUAAGUUCAGCAGAUUCUUGCGGCUACCAGGAAGCAGAGGAGAUUAGAGCAGCCACGAAAUUAGUGCUGCCCAUAACGCUCAGACUGCAAUUAUCAGGCACCGAACAGAACUGAGAUCAGGUUCUGCCUCACCUUGGGUUAGACUUUUACAUAGAUAGAGGCAUAUCUCUCUUUGAUUAAUCCCAGAAGGACUAGCACCAGGGAGUAAGAAUGGGCCAAAUUACAGAAUUUCAGUGGUCCAUAGAGUGGACCAUAGAGUUUCUAUAUAGAAAAAUGUGCAAAGCAGAGUUUAAGACUAUUAGGAAAUCUCAACAGCAUUUCUAAAGGGGAGUCUUUGGUGGGUUUACUUAUUUAAAAACUGAAUUAUCCAAUGCUUACCACAUACAGAUAUAAGUCAUAUAUGAAUGCAUAUAUAACACACACAAUCAAAAGCAUAUGAUUUUCAUGACAACAAAUAAAACCUUUUUAAAGUCUCCAAAUUAUUUUUAUCCUUACACACAUUUUACUUUAAUGUGUUAUGCCUGGAAUAUACCAAAAGUGAUUACUUAUGGACACAGGAAAGAAGUUCAAAUUGUAAACUUACAGGGCAGUGCUUUACCAAGGCAAUGGAAUAUGCUAGCUCAUUCACUGUGGGUGCCAGCCUGCUGCCCAAGAUAUGAAGUGCAUAGGGUUAGUCUCUGUAUUAUGGUCACAGCAUGAGGAAGAGUGGGGAGCGUCAGACACUCCUGCGUGUUUAUUAGAUCUGAGCAAUCUGUGCAAGAGGCCGAAAGUUGCCUUUCUGGAUCUCGCUUUAGAAAAUCACACACCAAAAUAUGGAAAACCAAUGGAUGCAGCUAAAGACAGUGCACCAGGAGGUGGGCCAGAACCUUCCUAAUGGUCUGGCUUUGAGAUGUGGGUAAACCAGAGUUGAAUCCUGGUUCUGCUCCUCACCAGUUGUUAAGAACCAGUUGGUAAUCUCUUAACCUCUUUCACUGUGCUGAAACAUGGACUGUAACAGUAUCCUCUUCCCAGGGAUGGUGUGAGGAGGGCUUGAAUUGAUGCACACGACACAUAGCAUGGUUGGCAUUCACAGGUAGAGGGGCUCCCAAAUGGCAGUAGUUACUAGAAUUUCUCACCAGAACUAUAAUACAAAGGGAAGCUGCCAUCACUCUCUGAGAUGGUGAGGCAUGGGGGGUUUGCUUUGUACCUUCUAGAGGUGCUGGGCAUGUCACACCCUGGUUCAGCUGACAAUAGGCAGGCCUUCCAGGGCCCACUUGAUCCUAUCUAUUAUUAUGUUAUUAGGUAUAAACAAGCCUAAAUGCAUCCACAAGAACAGUAAGUCCUCAGGCCACACGGACUACUGAGCACUUCCUCAAACAUUAAAAUGUGCCCUUUCCAAUGUGACAAGACUUUUAUCUUCAUAAAAUUGGUUUCAAAGGGGGAGUUACUAUCACCCCCCUUUUGUGCAUUCAUCUUAAUGUUGAACACUUCUGAUAGAGGGGCCCCCACACUUGGCUUCCCCAACUUGUCCCAGAACAAGAGGCAGAGGCCCUAACUGGGAAGGAAGAAGAGUCGCGAGCCAGCUGCACCUCACAGGAGUUGGCACCUCUAUGUGUUCCCAUGGAAGGAAGCAGUGUGGUGAGACGGAAAAACCAGGGACUGAGGUCACUCAGACACUAGUUCAGUGAAGCUCUAUCAGUGUUCAUCCCUGGGAAAGCUAUUCAGUCUCCCUGAGCCUGAGGGGCAGCUGCCUGGCCAAGGCAGCAGAGGGGCAGCUGCCAAGACCUCCGCUUUCUCCCCGACUGGGGGCCUGCCUGGCCGAGUCCAGUGAGACCAGGCCCCUAGCAGGCUGAGCCCGGUCCCAGGCCUAUUUCAGAUGGCCUCUCUCCAGGCUCUCUGCAAAUGGGUUUGCACUGGCCCUUCUUCAGCUUGGGGAGAUCUGCCUGCCUAUCCCCAGGAAUCUUCCUUCCCCUUUUCUGCUUCCCCAGUCACUCGCUGCUCUAACACUCUUCAGGCCCUUACCGGCUGCACUUUGGAGUAGAUAUAAUUUUUCUACCUACCUACCCUGGACACACACCAUUAUUGGCAAGAGGCCCUUGCGCAGCCACAUGUCACAGAGGGCUUCUGCGUCCUGACUUCAUUCCAUCCACACCACAGCCCCAUGAAGUACAAGCUCUGACCUCAGACCUGCCCUGCUCCUCCCCCUGCCCUCUGCUCAGGCACCAGGGCUUGAUGUCAGGAGGAGGGCUGAGGAAGGCAUGGCCCCUGGCUGAAUCCAAUCCACCUUGGC